AUGGAGACUUUGAAUCCCUGCUCCGCUAACAAGCGACGGUUCUCUUCUCCGUCAUCUAAAAGGUCUGAUGGGUCUGAUCAUGCGUUGGAUCUGGAGCUUACUUUUAGCAGAACCAUCCGCAAAAUCGGUGCGGGUUUGGAGAAUCUCGGGAAUACAUGUUUUCUUAAUUCUGUAGUGCAGUGUUUGACUUACACCGAGCCCUUAGCUGCUUACCUGCAAGAUGUUGGCCAUGAGAAACGCUGCCAUGUGGCGGGGUUUUGUGCAUUAUGUGCGAUGCAGAAGCAUGUCAGGCUUGCACUUCAAGCUAGUGGCAGAAUAGUAGCACCUAAAUAUUUGGUCUCCAACUUGCGAUGCGUAUCACGAAACUUCAGAAAUUGUCGGCAGGAAGAUGCACAUGAAUACAUGAUCAACUUGCUGGAAUGCAUGCACAGGUGUUGUCUGCCUACUGGUGUACCAACUGAAUCCUCUGAUGCUUACCGCAGCAGCUUGGUUCACAAAAUUUUUGGUGGUAGCCUCCGUAGUCAGGUGAAAUGCGCGCAAUGUUCACAUUGCUCUGACAAGUUUGAUCCAUUUCUUGACCUGAGUCUAGACAUUUCCAAGGCAGAUUCAUUACAGAGAGCUCUUUCACGUUUCACUGCUGCUGAGCUCUUAGAUGAUGGUGCAAAGAUUUACCACUGCGAAAGAUGCAAACAGAAAGUUAAGGCUGUAAAACAGCUUACUGUUUCUAAAGCACCAUAUGUUCUAACUGUACAUCUCAAACGGUUUGAAGCACAUCGAUCCGGGAAAAUCGACAAGAAAGUUGAGUUUGCCUCUGCAAUUGACAUGAAACCUUUUGUCAGUGGUCCCUAUGCAGGUGAUUUGAAGUACACUCUGUAUGGUGUUUUAGUUCAUUAUGGUCGGAGUAGCCAUUCUGGUCACUACGCCUGCUUUGUUCGCACUUCAAGUGGCAUGUGGUAUUCCCUUGAUGACAACAGGGUUAUUCAAGUAAGUGAGAAGACUGUGUUCAAUCAGAAGGCGUAUAUGCUAUUUUAUGUUCGUGAUAGACAAACUCCAUCCCCAAAGAAGACAGUUGCCGUGGUUAAAAAAGAGACUUCUAAAGAGAGCAUUGCCACAAACAGAUCUUCUUUGAAUAUAUUUUCUAAGAGUAAUGAUCAAGUGGAUGGCUCAGCAGCAGUCAUGAAAGCAUCAAGUUCAAACGCUCUUGUUGCCAAUGGUACAGUACCACCCAUGAGAUCAGGUGCUCCUGCUGUCUUGGCCCAAAAAGACUUGAAUGGUCAGAAAGAUCCCCCAAGCAGUAUAGAGGCAAAAGAGAUUCUCAAGAGGGAAAAUGGUACAGAUCGAGGUGCCCCUACUGCCUUAGCCCAAAAGAAUUUAAACGCCAAAGAUACUCAAAACGAACUUGCUAGCAGUGUGGAGGCAAAAGAGAUCCUUAAGAGGGCAAAUGGCUCGGUACCCCUGAGAUCAUGUGCUCCUGCUGUCUUGACCCAAAAGGACUUGAAUGCCAAAGAGACUCAGAAAGAUCCCCCAAGCAGUGUAGAUGCUGCAAAAGAGAUCUUUAAGAGGGAAAAUGGCUCAACACCCUUGAAACCAUGUGAUAUACGUGCUCCAGCUGUCUUAACACAGAAAGAUUUAAAUACCAAAGAGAUCCUUCGGAAGGAAGUGCCACUUCCAGAGAAACCGGCCACUUCCAUUGAGUCAGUGAAAGCAAGUUGUGAUGAGGGGACUCUCAGCACACCAAGAAAGACACGCAAGGGUAACAUGAAAACCCUGCAGGUGGUGGGGUUAAAAUCUUUUAAGCUGACCUUGUUGGGCGUACGUAAAAAGAAGAAACAGAAAAAGGGAAGAUCAAGUACCACCUUAGCUGUUAAGCUCAAGAAGGAUAAGAGAGUCAAUCACCGUAAUGGGAACAUGUUGCAGCUUGGCUCUCCUCCAGCCGUAGAGCUCAAGGAGAGAAGAAGUAAUCAAAAUGGUGCCAUUCUUGCGUCAGACCAACAGCAACCGUUGAGGAGUUCUGAAGGAAGCCAAAACGCCAAAAGAAAGAGAGGAGAGCUCUCAAAAGAAGAACAGGUGACGACCAUUCUCACACGGGGUUUGCCAGAGACAAUGGUUUCCAAAUUGGAUGAGGAAGUAGUUUCAGUUUCUAAGAUGAGAAAGAGUGAAGAGGACUCAAUAAUCGGAUAUGUAGCAGAUGAGAGGGAUGAAGAAUAUGAUAGAGGAAAGAAAAAGAAGAUAAUGAUGAAAGAGGAGAGGUCAAACACAUUCCAGUUGAUUGCAUCAAAGAAACAACAAACAGAAACAAAGAAGAAAUGGAUGAAUACUGCAAAGACAGGCUUCCGGAUAUGA